AUGGAGAACCAAACAAAGAUCAAUGAGUUUUUACUGCUGGGAUUCACUGAGAAUGGCAAACUAGAGAUAUUUUUCUUUGUCCUUUUCUUAAUCAUGUACCUGAUGGCUGUAAUGGGAAACAUGAUGAUUAUCACCAUCACUCUCAUGGAUUUCCGCCUCAGGACACCCAUGUAUUUCUUCCUCCGGAAUUAUGCCGUCUUGGAGAUUGGAUACACCACUGCUGCCAUCCCAAAGGCGUUGUUCAACCUUGCAUCUGGCAGGAAAACAAUCUCGUAUGCUGGAUGUAUAAGCCAAUUGUUUUUCUAUUUCUUCCUGGGCACCACAGACUUCUUCCUGCUGACUGUGAUGUCCUUUGACCGAUAUGUGGCCAUCUGCAACCCCCUAAGGUACACCACCAUCAUGAACGAGAAGUUCUGCACACUUUUGGUGCUGUUCUCUUGGAUUGGGUCACUUGCUGUGAUUUUGGCUCAAACUCUGCUAUAUGUUCAAUUUCCUGUUUGUGGCUCCAACAUCAUUGACCAUUUCUUCUGCGACAGCAAAGCAUUACUCCAUCUUCUCUGUGGUGACACACAUUUCCUAGAGCUCUCCAGCUUUAUUCUUUCGGUGUUUACGCUACUGGGGACUUUAGCUAUCACCGUUGUGUCCUAUGUGAAUAUAAUCUCAACUGUUCUCCACAUCCCAAGUGCUGCAGGGAGGCAGAAGGCCUUUUCCACCUGUGCUUCCCACAUCACCAUUGUCACUGUCACCUAUGGAAGCUGCAUCUCUAUGUACGUCAUACCUGAGCGGGAUGGUGGGCAAAACUUCAACAAGGUUGUGGCCAUUCUUAACAAUGUGGUUUGUCCUCUAAUGACCCCCUUUGUGUAUAGCCUGAGGAACAGGCAGGUCCAAGAUGCUUUGAAAAAUGCUUUUGGCUACAAGCAUGUAUUUAAUAAAAUGCAGAGAAACUCAUGCAGUUUGAAAUGGUUGAAGGAAUGGGAGUUAAAAUAG